UUGAAUUUUGUCUGGUUUGCGUGGGACUGUUUAUGUGUCAGCCUGUAAUUUCAUCUAGUAAGACAAAGUAGCUGCAUCUCUUGUCAGAGAAAGAAUAAAUACGACACACAAAAAAAGAGGCCAACGUGUUUGGAGGUUGAAAUCCCUAUGAGCUAAAGGGUCAGCCAAGAUGACUAUUAAUUUGGGUGUGAAGGCUCUUCUCGGCUGGGUCAACGCCAUAAAGUUGUCCGACCAAGAAAUAACAGUCGACGAUUUACAAGAUGGCACAGUCUUACUGAAAAUUGUUUAUAUGCUGAAAAAGGAACCCAACUCCUGUUUCAGUACUUCUAUUGAGGAUCGAUUCAAGCUCAUUACAGACUUUGUGGAAAGGGAUUGCAGAUUUAAUACAACCAAAGGCACUUCAUUAUCCUGGGACAACAUAAAAGAUGGCAUCCACCUCACAGUAGAAAUUGCAAAGGUGCUUUUGUUGCUUGUAUACCACGACCUAAUGAAUGACCGCUGCACUCUGAACAUGAUGGAAUGUGAUGUGGAGCAAGAGAUUGCAAACCUAACCGGUACCUUUGUAAUGGAGAGCAACGGCUGCGUUUAUCUCAGCAAAGGACUUGAUGCCUAUUUAACAAGGAGACAUUUGCCUGUCUCCCGUGAAAUAUUUGAGCGAUCAGCAACCGUUUCGACCUCCAAUGUGUCGACUAUCUCCUCGCUCUUAGAUGACGAGUCUCCCGUCUUCCACCGCACACAGAAAAUCUCAUUUGUGGACAUGGAAACUGUGGCUUCCUCCUCAGUCAGCAAGUCUCCUCUGCAGCAUAUCAUGGACACACCUAAAUUUCAGAUGAGAAAGCUGAAACGAGAGAUGAUCCAGGAGAGAGACUACAGAGAUGGGUUGGAGAGGGAGCUGGCCAGCAAGCUAGCACUUGUUGCACAGAGAGAGUCCCAUAUCAACCAGUUGCAGUAUCGCCUGGAUAAGCUGAAGAAAGAACAAGGUGAUCAGGAGACUGUCAUCGGGGAACAAAUCAAUGAACUUCAGACCAAGAACAAUGCGUUACAAAUGCGUCUCCAUGAGAUGUUAAAGGAAAAUAAAAACAUCAAGACUAACUCCGCACUUAUGGAGCGCAAAGUUGAUGAGCUGUUGGAUGAAAAUGGUUUACUCUCAUCCCAGGUGAGAACUGUGUGUUCACAGCUGGCCAUCUUUCAGGCAGAAGUUGGCAGACUGGCAGAAACCCAAUCAACCGCUCAGGAGGAGUGGAGAAGCAAAACGGUUCAACUAGAGUCUGACCUUAACCAAGCUACAGCUCAAAAGGAGCUGCUGACUGAACAAAUUCAGAUCCUCCAGGGAAAGAUUUCCUGUUUGGAGGAUGAUAUAAGCAAGGCCUCUAAGGGAGAAGUAGGAGAGAAUAUGGGGCCUGUUAUGGAGAGAGAUUUGUUGGACACCGAAAUCAGCAGUUUGAAGAAUGAGCUUGAGAGCACAUUUUGCGUUCUGAAAAAGGCUGAGGUGGAAGUUCAGCAAAGUGCUCAUCAGACAGAGGUCCUGCAGCAACAACUCUCUGCUUCUGAAGAGAGGGUAAGGGGCAUGAAGGAGGAGAUCCAGACUAAAGAGGAACAGAUGGACAUUUUGAAAAAUCAAAGUUUAGAGCAGUCAGAACUACUACAUCAAGAAAUGCAAGAUUUAAAGAAGCGGGUUGAGUGUCUUAGUUCCUCGCUGAAGAGUGCAGAGCAUAAUCUGCAAACCAAAGAUCUGUUUGCUGAACAGCAACUGAAGAGCACUCAGGAUAUGCAGGCACUCCAGGCACAGAUGGUAGCAUCUCAAGAUGAGGUGACGAGGCUAAAUGCAGAGAUUCAUGCUAAGGAGAAGCAAGUCAUUCUGCUUAACUCCGAGACCUCAACACACUCUCAAUUGCUACAGCAAGAGAUUGAAAGUCUGAAUAAACAAAUCAGUACUAUGAGCAAUUCUCUUGAGAUCGCCAAGGAUCAGGCUCUAGCCAAAGAAGAUUUGAUGGCCGAGCAGGAGCAGCAGAGCACUCUGCAGAUUGAUGCACUUGGAAAGCACAGUGCAGGUCUUGAGCAGGAGGUUAAUCGGCUGAGGGAGGAGAUCCAAACUAAAGAAAACGAGGUUGACUUGUUAAAGGCUGAGGGCUGCAAGGAGUCAGAAGUGCUGCAGAAGGAGAUCCAAACUGUUCGGGACCAAGUCCAAAGUUUGAACGUAUCCCUGAAGACUACAAUAGAGCAGGUUCAGGCUAAAGAAAACCUGCUGACUCAGAAGGAAAUGGAGAUGUGUCAGGAAAAAGAUAAAUUUCAAAACAUGACGACAACCUUCGAAGAUGAGACACGAGGGUUUAUGGAGCAGAUCCAGACUAAAGAGGAACAGCUCCAGACUAAAGAGGAACAGCUGGUCACACUACAAAAAGAGGGCGCCAUACAUUCUGACAUGCUACAGCAAGAGAUCAAAUGCCUAAAACACCAACUCUCUAAUAUGGGUGAGUGUCUCACAAAGGCUGAGGAGAAGGUCCAGACUCAGGUGGUCAUGCUCACCAAACAGGAGCAGGAGGGUGCUCAUCAGGAGGAGCGUCUGCAGCAGCAACUGUCAUCUUCUGAGGAAGAGGUGAGGAAGAUGAAAGAGGAGAUCCGUGCUAAAGAGGAACAGGUAAUGCUGCUGAAGACUGACAGCUCAGAGCAGUCGGAUUUGCGACAUCAGGAAAUCCAAGAUUUAAUGAAACGGGUUGAGUGUCUUAGUUCCUCGCUGAAGAGUGCAGAGCACAAUCUGCAAUCCAAAGAAAAUCUGUUUGCUGAACAGCAACAGAAGAGCACUCAGGAUAUGCAGGCACUCCAGGCACAGAUGGUAGCAUCUCAAGAUGAGGUGACGAGGCUAAAUGCAGAGAUUCAUGCUAAGGAGAAGCAAGUCAUUCUGCUUAAUUCCGAGACCUCAACACACUCUCAAUUGCUACAGCAAGAGAUUGAAAGUCUGAAUAAACAAAUCAGUACUAUGAGCAAUUCUCUUGAGAUCGCCAAGGAUCAGGCUCUAGCCAAAGAAGAUUUGAUGGCCGAGCAGGAGCAGCAGAGCACUCUGCAGAUUGAUGCACUUGGAAAGCACAGUGCAGGUCUUGAGCAGGAGGUUAAUCGGCUGAGGGAGGAGAUCCAAACUAAAGAAAACGAGGUUGACUUGUUAAAGGCUGAGGGCUGCAAGGAGUCAGAAGUGCUGCAGAAGGAGAUCCAAACUGUUCGGGACCAAGUCCAAAGUUUGAACGUAUCCCUGAAGACUACAAUAGAGCAGGUUCAGGCUAAAGAAAACCUGCUGACUCAGAAGGAAAUGGAGAUGUCUCAGGAAAAAGAUAAAUUUCAAAACAUGACGACAACCUUCGAAGAUGAGACACGAGGGUUUAAGGAGCAGAUCCAGACUAAAGAGGAACAGCUGGUCACACUACAAAAAGAGGGCGCCAUACAUUCUGACAUGCUACAGCAAGAGAUCAAAUGCCUACAACACCAACUCUCUAAUAUGGGUGAGUGUCUCACAAAGGCUGAGGAGAAGGUCCAGACUCAGGUGGUCAUGCUCGCCAAACAGGAGCAGGAGGGUGCUCAUCAGGAGGAGCGUCUGCAGCAGCAACUGUCAUCUUCUGAGGAAGAGGUGAGGAAGAUGAAAGAGGAGAUCCGUGCUAAAGAGGAACAGGUAAUGCUGCUGAAGACUGACAGCUCAGAGCAGUCGGAUUUGCGACAUCAGGAAAUCCAAGAUUUAAUGAAACGGGUUGAGUGUCUUAGUUCCUCGCUGAAGAGUGCAGAGCACAAUCUGCAAUCCAAAGAAAAUCUGUUUGCUGAACAGCAACAGAAGAGCACUCAGGAUAUGCAGGCACUCCAGGCACAGAUGGUAGCAUCUCAAGAUGAGGUGACGAGGCUAAAUGCAGAGAUUCAUGCUAAGGAGAAGCAAGUCAUUCUGCUUAAUUCCGAGACCUCAACACACUCUCAAUUGCUACAGCAAGAGAUUGAAAGUCUGAAUAAACAAAUCAGUACUAUGAGCAAUUCUCUUGAGAUCGCCAAGGAUCAGGCUCUAGCCAAAGAAGAUUUGAUGGCCGAGCAGGAGCAGCAGAGCACUCUGCAGAUUGAUGCACUUGGAAAGCACAGUGCAGGUCUUGAGCAGGAGGUUAAUCGGCUGAGGGAGGAGAUCCAAACUAAAGAAAACGAGGUUGACUUGUUAAAGGCUGAGGGCUGCAAGGAGUCAGAAGUACUGCAGAAGGAGAUCCAAACUGUUCGGGACCAAGUCCAAAGUUUGAACGUAUCCCUGAAGACUACAAUAGAGCAGGUUCAGGCUAAAGAAAACCUGCUGACUCAGAAGGAAAUGGAGAUGUCUCAGGAAAAAGAUACAUUUCAAAACAUGACGAAGCGUCUGCAGCAGCAACUGUCAUCUUCUGAUGAAGAGGUGAGGAAGAUGAAAGAGGAGAUCCGUGCUAAAGAGGAACAGGUGAUGCUGCUGAAGACUGACAGCUCAGAGCAGUCGGAUUUGCUGCGUCAAGAGAUCACAGGUUUAAAGACGCAGGCGGAGACUCUUGGCUCUUUGCUGACGAAGGCUGAGGAGGAUAUGCGAUCCAAAGAAGAUCUGUUGGCUGAACAAGAGCAAGAAAAUACUCAACAGAGGGAGGCUCUCCAAAGCCUACAGGAAAAUGUCAGACAAGUAGAGAUUCUGCAUGAACAGAUUUCUUCACAUGAAGAAGAGAUUCAAAAGCUAAAAGAAUCUCAGAGUGAGAAAGAGAGCCAUCUCCUCAAGGCUGAGGAGAAGCUUCAGAUCCUCCAGACAGAGUCGUCCGCAGUCAUCAAUGAUAAAGACCAAAAUCUGAACACUCUAAGAGAGGAGGUUGCUAACUUGAUUCAAAAAGCAAAAGAGGAAGCUGAAGCCAAUGAGAAACUAAUGGCUGAGAUAAAAGCUGAGAGCUCCAACAAGAGAGAUGCUCUCCAACAUGAGAUCCAGGAUCUAAAAGGGGAAGUAGAAACUACUUCUCUGCAUCUUCUGGCUAAAGAUCAGAUGUCACUUGAAACUCGGCGGGAGUCUACCGAACAGAUGGCCCUCCUCCAGCAGCAGCUUGUCGCAGUAAAUGCAGAGCUGGACCAAUACAAAGAGACACAAGCGGCAGACCGCCGACUGAAAGGGGCUGUACAGGCUGCCACUUGGGAAAAGGAGGCUCUUGUUCAGGAAAAAGAACUACUCAUGGCCAGGAUACUGCAGGCAGAAAAUAACCAGACGGCUCUGCAGAAACAACAUAAAGCCGUGGUGUUUGAGAAGGACAGACUUGCUGAAACCAAGCAGGCCAUAGAGAGAGAGAACGUGGCCUCUCAUAAAAUGGAAUCUCUGCUACAGCAGGAGCUGGAAGUAUUGAAAAUGGAGAAAGAGAAACUUUUGAAAGGGAAGGAAAGUGACCUGCAGGAACAUCUGUUAGCUAAAUCUGAGGCUGCAGAACACUACGAGGCUGCAGAACACUACAAGGCACAGAUGGAGAAGGCCAUGAGCUUCUACAAUGGCAAGAAACAGCUUCUCCAGGAAAGCCAAGAGAAGAUGGCUGAACUUAAGAAUUCCUUGGAGGUUAAAGGGUGUGAAGUGAAGGCUACUACCAGGGAAAAGCAGCUACUUCAACUGGAUUUGGACAAGUCCCAAACCAAUGAGAAGACUCUUUUGAAAAGGGUGGCCAGUUUGGAAGCACAGCUGGCUUUUGCUGACCGUAACCUGCGGGCACAGAACAAGAUUUAUGGCGCUGAAGAAAAUCCAACAUUGUCGGUUUACAUGGAGGUUCCCAACGCACGCUCAGGUGUUCACACUAGAGCACGCGUGAAGAGAGCCACCAGCUUUGACAGCCUGGACCAGAGCUCCCUGGAAGACUCUCUGAACAGGACGAGGAAACUUUCAGUGCCUGAUGAAUCAAGCACACCGCUUGUCCGCAGUUCAGAGCGCUUGGCAGCCAGACGUCGAGGUCUACAAGCAGAAUCCCUGGAAACCCUGUACUUUACACCUAUAAGCAGACAGAAAAACAGGACCAGCACGGGGCACACAAUGGAGCUGGAUUCAACCUGGAAAAAUCCAACUUCAUCUGUCAAACGACGCAGGACCACACAGGUUAUUAACAUCACCAUGACCAAGAAAACCCCAGGCGGCAGUGAGCACGAUGAGACGUUCUGCAGUCUGCCUUCAGCUCGCUCCCAACCAAAACUCUCCAGUGCCCACUCUGCACAACCCGUGUCUAUGGAGCCGCUUGACACACCUGCCAGAAGGACUGACACUGCCAGCGACCAGCUUGUGGGUCUUCCAGGCUACAGACGGAGCACACUCCAUUCACAGACUCCUAGUACGUUCUGUGUCGGGGCAGAGACCGAGCCAGAGGUUGCCCCUGACGAUUGGAUGAGGAUUGCUGAGCUCCAGUCCAGGAACAAGGCCUGCCUUCCUCAUCUAAAGAGCACCUACCCUGUGGAGUCUGACAAAUGCCGUGGCAGUACAUUCCUUUUCACCGACGAAGAACUCCGUACGGGCGACCCGUCUGACACGAUUCGUCGGGCGUCAACGAUGCCUGGCCAACUGCAAGAUUCUAUUGCCUCCCAUCGGCACUCCCUCAUGCUGGGACACUCUGGUGCCGCUGUCGGUACUCGUUCGCAUCGUCUGUCCUUGAUGCCAGGCCAGCUGUCAUCAAAACCUGCCGGCUCCCUUCAGCUGAGAAGCCCAAAGGGCACAAAGCGAUCUUCAUCUACGUUGUCCGUACAUCAACCUUCGCCUGAGAAAAGGGUGAGGGCCAGCUGCUUCCCCCUUCCACUCACUCCCAAAGCCAAGAACGUGAUCAAUGCACCAGCUGACCGGAGGCAGUCGAUGAUGUUCAGUAUUGAAAACACGCCUCAAAAAAGCAACUACCUAAAGAAAGGGCUGAACAAGCUACGCAGCUCCACCCGGAAAUCGCCAGGCAGAAGUUCAAAGAAGUCGCCCGCUCAGACAUCAGCGCGUAAGUGCCAGGAAAACUUAGCUUCGCACGCUGGAGUCGGACGAACAGGAAAAAUCGGCAGCUCUAAAUCACCCCAGGUGGCAACUAAAGGACAGAAAGCCACCAGCAGGCCUGCAAAGUCUCCUUUGAUGAGUGCUCGCAAGAAUCGUGUAUCUGUAAAUGAAGACGUACUUGCUGGAAGUCUCAAGAGAUGAUGAGCAGGAUGAAGGUGUGAGGACUGGUUCCCAGAUUGGAGUUAUGAUCGUCUACAGUUCUACUUGAUUAUACUCCCCCCCCCCCCCCCCACCCCCAC